ACAUGACAAAUUGCCUUUUGUCAGUUUUGACUUUUGAGCCACUAUAAUGUACAGUGGCUCCGUGGAGGUCCAUGAAAGUGCUUUAAUUCUGGUGUCAAGGCAUUUAAAGCAAUGCCAGUCAUUAUGUCAUAUGAUAGAGAUGAAGUUGACCUGGAAAGGUAGUGUUUGGCCAGUCAGCCAUCCAUUCAGGGUUUGGGUGUUCGACCAUUCAUCUGAAAGCAGUGUUCAAAUGGGCUCCUCACAAAUGAAGUGUGUUGCUUCUGCACCUAUUCUCCUUAAGUUCUUAGUUUCAAAUUCUUCAAGUUUUGAUUCAUUAGUUGUGGACUUGGUUGUUGCUGGGGUUGUUGGGAUUGUUGGUUCAGUUGAGGAAUUCCCGUCGUUGAUGAUGAGCUUACUUAUGAAGGUGACUCGACAGCUUGUAAUGGUGAGGUUUCCUUUUGCUGGUGCUACUAUUGUUCAGCUGCAAUUGUUGUAGCUGUUCUUGUUGAUGUUGUUGUAACAACUGCAGCCAUUGCAGCCGCAGCAUUGCGACGGCAGUAGCAAUUGCGAUGACGACAGCCGGUUCAUAUAAGAAUUCAUCCUUACCAAUGAUGAAUUAAGCAGCAACGAACAAAGAAGUGCUGAAACC